AAAUUAGGACUAGCCUAUAUAUGUGUGUCUCAUUACAAACGGACCAUGCCAAACAUUCGACAUGUUUUCUCUGUUGAACUUGAUCCUAAUUUUAAGCUUCAUAAACAGAGCUUAUCUUUCAGAUAUUGUAGCACAAGGAGACACAGAUGUCGUGUUGGGUCAGGAUGCUUCACUCUCUUGUACGCUGCCGUUCAUGUCUGGAGUCAAACAAGUCACCUGGCAGCGGGUGCGCACGCACAAAGAUGUACAAACUCUGGCAACAUUCAGCGAACAAUUCCAGGAUAAUGUGCUUGAGGACUAUGUGGGAAAAGUCACUUUAACUCUGGCGACAUUUAAUUCAACAACUAUUACGAUCAAAAACACAACAUUUGAAGACGAGGCUUGCUACAUUUGUUCCUUCAAAGUGUAUCCGUCAGGACCCAAACGAAAAACCUUGUGCCUCACUGUUAAAGGUAUCUCAGAAAUAACAGCAGAAGUGAAUCCUUCACCCACUUCUGAGUCAGAUGUUGUAGUUUCAUGUUCAGCCACUGGUAAACCAACUCCAACAAUCCAAUGGAAAUCCUCAGAGAAAGACCUGAAGCACUUUACUUCAAAGAAUUUCACAACGCUCAACAAAGACAGUUCAACCACCAUUACAAGUAACAUCACAAUUCCACUGUCACAGUUUCAUGGGAAGUUUGUGGAAUGUUUGGCUCAGAGUGGCAGCGUGGAGAAGAUGUUCCAAAUCUACUUGCCUCAAGAUGAUGAAGCGAACAACACUACACCAAGAAGUUACAUCAUUACAUUUUCAGUCAUCAUCGUCAUGGCUAUUGUGAUUACUGUCAUUUGUGUCAUCUAUCUUCACCCCAAGCUAAAGAGAGCCAGUUCUGGGAUGAAAUCCCUUCAUGACCCUAACGAGCGAUGUUAACUCUGCAGCUACCUCAUAGAAUGCUUCUUCUUUUAUUUAUUUAUUUUAUUUGCUCAUCAUCUUUAUGAAUGUGAAUUUUUAUGUUCCUUAAAGGAAUCAUGCACUAUCUUGUCUAGUAUUUAUAUAAUUUAUUUUUGUUAACGUAUUAUUUUUCAUAAUUAUGGAUGUUUAAAUGUGUUGUAUUGCAUUAAUAUAGUUUAAUAAGUGUAAUAAUACAUAUUUUCCACAAUGUCAGCAUAUUUUGACCACAGAGAAUGGCUGUAAGACAGAUAAUUCUCAUUCUGUAAGUCAUGUGACCUAUGCAUUUGCACUUUAAGACCUAAUUUGUUGAAUGUACUGCUUGAAUGUAAUGCAAUUCCUCUGGAGUUGAGAAUGUAACAGUUAUUUAUAAAUUCAUAAAUGAAAGUUUUGAUGUUUUCAUGAUGUCAUUGUAUAAAUUAUGUCAAACCGAGAAUCUGGUGAAAAACAAGGUUUUCAACAUUGUGAAACAAAGAGAAAGUUUUGUCAUUAUUGGACACAGAAACUGUUUUGUGGUUUCCUGCUGCAGGAAACUCUGAAGCCUGCAGAGAGAUGACUUUGUUACUAUUGUUAGAAUUUGUACUAUUGCUAUUUUCUCAUUGCAGAAAGAUUACUAUUAUUUUGUUACAGUAUUGUAUGUAU